AUAUAACUAGAUCUGCUGUGGUCAAUACAUUUAAAGGAUUUACAAACAAGGAUAAACCAUCCACCUCAUCAAAAAAUCAUUUAAACUGGAAACCCCCCUCCAAGAAGUACAAUCAACGGACAUCCUCGAGGAAGGGGGGACAACAAUGGAAUCGGACAAAUCAUCGACAGUCCAACGACAGUCGGAGAAAAUAAAGGAAAACGCACCCUCUGUGUCACAAUCUUUCCCUGGUAGCAGCGUGUUUAUCAGGGAAGCAUUCAAAAUGAGAGGUGCCACAGAAGAAGCCGCGGAGGUGAUGCUGAAUUCCAUCAGUGCAGGUACUUUGCGCCAAUACAGCAAACCCCUUAAAUCAUGGUGGAAUUAUUGUCAGGAAGGAAACAAUGAUCCAUACGACGUCGCAAUUUCGGAUGCUCUGAAUUUUUUCACGACAACCCUGGAGAGUGUCAAUUCCUUCAGCACAAUCAAUACUUAUAGAGCGGCAUUAUCUCUUAUUGCAGGUGGCGACUUAGGAAAUAACAAACACAUUUCACGGUUUUUUAAAGGAGCAGCAGUGCUAAAGCCUAAGAAAUACAAAUAUGAUGUAACGUGGGAUCCAAAGCCUGUAUUAAAUAAAUUAACCACCUGGUAUCCUCAUGAGGGCCUGACCUUAGAGAUGUUAACAAAGAAAUUAGUGACGUUAUUAGCACUCACUACAGCGCAGCGGAUACAAACAUUGACCGUAAUAAGGCUAGAAAAUAUCAAUUUAAAUUCGGAACCUGUCAGAAUUAAAAUAACGGAUCCUAUAAAAACAUCAAGUCGCAGCAAGUUUCAGCCGAGCUUAGAAGUUCCAACUUUUACGGAACAACCUGAGUUAUGUGUAGUAACAACUUUACGCGACUACAUAGAAAGAACGACAGCACUAAGAAAAGGUGCAUCAAGUACUGGAAAUUUGUUCUUGACUUAUAAAAAGCCUCACCAUCCAGCCACGUCGCAGACACUGAGCAGAUGGAUAAAAGAAAUACUGGAAAAAAGCGGAGUCAACACAAAAAUAUUUUCAGCCUAUAGUACACGCCACGCAGCGACUUCAGCGGCAGCCCGGAAAGGGACAAAUAUAGAAAUAAUUCGUCGUGCAGCUGGAUGGUCUGCAACGUCCUCAAUGUUCGCCAGGUUUUACAACCGGCCAUUAGCAGAUUCAACGACUUUCGCAUCGACUAUUUUACAAAAAUAAUCUCAAACCGAUUUCAAAUAAUACUCUUUUUCAUUUACAUAUGUGCAUAAUAUUUUUUCUUUUCAAAAAAAAAAAAAAAAACCUCGUUUUCUGUGUUCUUGUAAUCUUAAUUACAAUGAGUGAUUAAUAAAUAUAUAUUCAAUAUAAAAAUAGCAUAAAUUCGCAUACAAACUUUAAACAACUACGAAAAUUGAUCUUGAGGACGAGACAG